AGGGCCAGGGCCAGGGCCAGGGUGAGUGCCCGACUCCGAGCUGUCCCCGCUCCCGGCGCUGCGCUCCGCUCUCAGCCACCUCACGGCUGCCAGGAGUGCGCGGGAGUUUGCCCCGGAGCGCGGGGAAGUUUCCACAGAAGCUGCGCUCCUCGAACUGCGGCACCUGCAAGCGCCGGGCGGCGGCCCGCGAGGUUACUUUAUGGAAUGGGCCCUUAGAGAACAAGAAAAGACUGAAGUUUUACGGGAAAACAAAUCAUGUGGUCUUCAGAUUCUGAAAUGAGGAGAAAUGCAGCCAUCUGAAAUGGUCAUGAACCCCAAACAAGUCUUCCUCUCUGUGCUGAUAUUUGGAGUAGCUGGGCUACUCCUCUUCAUGUAUUUGCAAGUCUGGAUUGAAGAACAACAUACAGGGAGAGUGGAGAAAAGAAGAGAACAAAAAGUAACUUCAGGAUGGGUACCACUGAAGUACUUGCCGCCUGUACCCAGAAUCAUGUUUAUUGACCCAUAUUGUGCUAGGCGCUGGAUAUACAGUGGUGAGCAAACGUCCAGGUACCUGACCUCUGGGAGCUUACUGUCUGAGGGGAGAGUUAAUCAAGUAAACAAAGUGAGUACAGAAAAAAUCCAGGAACAUAUCACCAACCAGAAUCCCAAGUUUCACAUGCCUGAGGAUGUAAGAGAAAGAAAGGAAAAUCUUCUACUCAAUUCUGAGAGAUCUACUAGGCUCUUAACAAAGACCAGUCAUUCACAAGGAGGGGAUCAAGCUUUAAGUAAGUCCACAGGGUCACCAACAGAGAAGUGGAUUGAAAAACGUCAAGGAGCUAAGACUGUUUUCAACAAGUUCAGCAACCUGAAUUGGCCAGUGGACAUUCAUCCUUUAAACAAAAGUUUAGUCAAAGAUAAUAAAUGGAAGAAAACUGAUGAGACCCAAGAGAAACGAAGGUCUUUCCUUCAGGAGUUUUGCAAGAAAUACAGUGGGGUGAGUCAUCAUCAGUCACAUCUUUUUCAUACGGUAUCCAGAAUCUAUGUAGAAGAUAAGCACAAAAUCUUAUAUUGUGAGGUUCCUAAGGCUGGCUGUUCCAAUUGGAAAAGAAUUCUGAUGGUACUAAAUGGAUUGGCUUCCUCUGCAUACAACAUCUCCCACAAUGCUGUCCACUACGGGAAGCAUUUGAAGAAGCUAGAUAGCUUUGACCUAAAAGGGAUAUAUACCCGCUUAAAUACUUACACCAAAGCUGUGUUUGUUCGUGAUCCCAUGGAAAGAUUAGUAUCAGCCUUUAGGGACAAAUUCGAACACCCCAAUAGUUAUUACCAUCCAGUAUUCGGAAAGGCAAUUAUCAAGAAAUAUCGACCAAAUGCCUGUGAAGAGGCAUUAAUUAAUGGAUCUGGAGUCAAGUUCAAAGAGUUUAUCCACUACUUGCUGGAUUCCCACCGUCCAGUAGGAAUGGACAUUCACUGGGAAAAGGUCAGCAAACUCUGCUAUCCGUGUUUGAUCAACUAUGAUUUUGUAGGGAAAUUUGAAACUUUGGAAGAAGAUGCCAAUUACUUUUUACAGAUGAUCGGUGCUCCAAAGGAGCUGAAAUUUCCCAACUUUAAGGAUAGGCACUCUUCCGAUGAAAGAACCAAUGCUCAAGUCGUGAGACAGUAUUUAAAGGAUCUGACUAGAACUGAGAGACAAUUAAUCUAUGACUUUUAUUACUUGGACUAUUUAAUGUUUAAUUAUACAACUCCGUUUUUGUAGUUUGCAUUCAUUUUCUAAAACCCUGUAUAUACUUAAUGAUGAUGAGCUCAAAUCAGCUGUAAUUUUUCUAUAAUUCUCUGUAUGAGAGAAAUUCAACUAAGUGCGGUUGUCUUGAUUUAAUGUAGAUUUUUACCAAACAGUAUGACACCAAUUGGCACAAAGUUAUGGGAAAAUCACCUACAGGAGAUGUAAACAACUUCAGUUGCUCUAAAAUGUUUGGAAAAGAGCUGCUUUUGCAUUAUGAAUUAUAUUGUUGAAGCAAUAACCUAGCCAGCUGUUGCAUUAGCUAAAGCAGCCUCUUGCAAUAGUAGGAAAAAAGGAUCUAAAAUAGCAUGAGUGUAUGUCUGUAUCCUGGAAUUUAUUGUCUAAAAUGCAUGAAUAUAUUUUUAGCAGUCUGUGGCAUAUUAUUAAUCAAACUGUUGAAUUGUUUUCUUACACCCUGGAAAUCUUUCUAUCAACUAUAAUGAUAAAUCCAUUUUGAAGUGAUAUUUUGGACUUAGGCAUUUUACUUUAGAUUGGAAGGCAUUAUGUGAUUUACAAUAUGAGAAUAUAGCAGAAAAACCAGAUGAGGCUGUGGCUUUUUAUAUUCAACAGCCAAUAAAAAAUGCACAACAUGCUAAGAUCAAAGCAACAAAAGCAACCUUCUUCUUCCAGAAAAACUUAAGGGAAUUGAUUCUGUUCUCUUUUGAGCCCUCCACAAAGAGACAAAAUGAACACAAGCACUAAAGGUCUACAUUUCUGAAGCAGGCAGUUGAGAAGCUUAAGUCUCAUCGGAUAUAAAUGUGCUCCUAAUUCUGG